AGGUAAACUUUGCAUGCUUUUGGGAAAACUGUUAUAGUUCCUGAAGGACGGCAUCUGGUUCUCUUUUAUCUUUUAGUACUCCCCCUCCUCCAAUGAAUUAUCUGUUUCUAAUCCUCAUCUCCUCUUCUCCCCCCCACCCAAAACCACAGACUAAAUAUCUCUAGAGCACUUAUGAAGCUAUUACUAAGGGCAACCCACGUGGAAUCAGCUCUCUGUCCUUGCUUCCACACUUUACAAUUGGGAUCCUAAUUCAACAUACAUACAUGAGUCACCAUACUUCAAAAAUAUGACUCUAGAACCACCGGGGCCUCAUGGAGUGAAGGAUGCCUAUUGCUUACUUAAGUUUGGUGACAGCAUUACCACUGAUCAUAUCUCCCUAGCAGGAAGUAUCACCAAGGAUAGCCCCGCUGCAAAUUAUCUCCUGAAUCAUGGGGUUCAACCCAAGGACUUCAAUUCUUAUGGUAGCUGUAGAGGCAAUGAUGAAGUGAUGGCAAGAGGUACAUUUGCCAAUAUUCGUCUUGUCAACUAGCUGUUGAAUGGAGAAGUGGGUCCAAAGACAAUUCACAUUCCUACAGGAGAAAAGCUUUAUGUGUUCGAUGCAGCAAUGAGAUACAAGGAUGCUGGACAGGACACAAUUGUCUUAGCUGGUGCAGAGUAUGGAAGUGGUAGCUCACGAGAUUGGGCUGCCAAGGGUCCAAUGCUACUUGGUGUUAAAGCCGUUAUUGCCAAGAGCUUUGAGAGAAUCCAUUGGAGCAAUCUAGUAGGUAUGGGGAUCAUUCCUCUCUGUUUCAACCCUGGUGAGGAUGCUGAUACCCUUGGAUUGACGGGUCAUGAGCGUUACACAAUUGAUCUUCCAAGUAAAAUUAGUGAGAUCAGACCUGGCCAAGAUGUUUCCAUCACAACUGACACUGGCAAAUCCUUCACAUGUAUAGUGCGCUUUGAUACAGAGGUGGAAUUGGCCUAUUUCAAUCAUGGUGGCAUUCUUCCAUAUGUUAUUCGGAGCCUGUCAAAGCAGUAGGCAAAUUAAGCUUCAGAUGGUAGUUUGGAAUCACUGUUGUCUCUCACAGAGCCAGGGUGCUGGAGUCUUACAAAAGCUUUUUAAAAAGUUCUAAUCUUUAUUUUUCUUCUUUAUUGAAAUUUUCUUUUAUGAAUUUGUUCUCACUGAAUAAAAUUUUCAUUGCUGUGUUAUGGCUUGAAUCUAACAUCUCUACAGUAAAAAAGAUGGAAGUUA